AUUCUAAUCGCCACGAUGCUAUCAGCUAGUCACGUUUUAACUCUGAAAGCUGAGUAUUGCUACGCUCACAAUGAUAAUCCAUACUUGAAAAUGGGCACGAAAACUGCUUACCACUUUAUUCACGGCGGUGAAAGACCAUACGAAACGAUACCAAACUGCAAGCCGAUACAGAUAUGGAUGAUGAUAAGACACGGAACGAGAUAUCCGGGAACAAGAGAAAUUCGCGGGAUGAGGUCACUUCCGAAAUUACGAAAUCAGAUUAUUUACAAUCACGAAGUACGAGGAAUCAAUGUUAUAGCGGGCCGUUUGUGCGCUGAGGAUCUGGUCAAUCUGAAGCGUUGGCGACUAAGUAAAUUUAUUACAUACGAAAACUCCGACCAACUAAACAGACAGGGGAUCGAAGACAUGAAUCUACUCGGCAAACGUAUCAGGAAUAAUUUUCCGGAAUUAUUUCCACCUGCGGUGACUGAGGUCAAGGCGAGAAAUUACAAGUUCCGUAUGGCGCGAGGAGGACGAAUGAGUUCGAGCCUGACGGCAUUUAGAGAUGGACUCUUGAACGGAGUUUAUGUUCCAAAAGAUGAACUUCCAGCCAACAGCACAUUGUGGGUGGCAUAUUCGCGGUGUCCAAAGUGGGAAACGGACGUGGCAAACGAUCCAGUGCAUCUCAGAGAAGUGACGAACUUCGUCAAUGGUCCGGAGUACCAGAAUCUGAUAACAAGUGUUAGUAAACGACUCGGGUUCCACCGCAAUAUUAGCGCAGAUACGGUUCGACAAAUGUGGCAAAUGUGCAGUUACGACCAGGCGUUGAGGGUUACAAAGUUGUCACCUUGGUGCGCCGUUUUUAACGACGAGGAAAUGAGGGUCUUCGAAUACAGGGACACCUUGGUCGACUACUACAAGCGAGGAAACGCUCACGAAUACAACGUCCGAUUGGGCUGCCCGCCUCUGCGAGACAUGGUCGAUAGUUUCCGAAAAAUCGAAGGCAACGACGAUAGCUACUCGAUGGAGCCGAGAGGUGUUUUCAACGUCGGGAGAUCGAGAAGCUACCAUUUGUUCAUGGCUGCUUUAGGCAUCGCCAAUGAUUCCUCGCCUCUACUAGCGAGCGAUUUCAAGCUUAGGAAAAAAUACCUCUGGAACACGACCGAAAUUGGAUCAUUCGGCGCCAAUAUCGCGGCCGUAUUUUACAAAUGCAACGACUCGGCAUCGCCUAACAAAGUCAAGUUCUACCAGACUGAAAAGCCCGUCGACUACCCGGGAUGCGCGGACGGUUUGUGCGACUGGGAGUACUUGAAGAGUAAAUUUCGAAAGCAGCUGUCGAGAUGUGACGAUGUCGACUUUUGUGGUACAAUUGUCGCCGAACCGCUGAUUGAGACUUUGCCGCCGUCGGAAAAGUUCGUGCUCGUAUUCUGUGUCCUGAUUCUCGUCUUCCUCAACGCACCGCGUCUGGCAAGGAUACUAAGAAAAAUUCCACCAUGUUGUUACUACAGAUGCAGAAGUCGUCCGACGCUGAUUUUAAUUACCUCGGUUCUAUCAACCAGUCAACAUUUCUCCCCGGAAACUGAUCAUUGUUAUGCCCGGAAUGAAAAUCGGUACGUGAAAAUGGGCACAAAAACUGCCUACCACUUUAUUCACGGUGGUGAAAGAGGAUAUAAAACGAUACCAACCGGUCAUUUGUGCCCGGAGGAUCUGGAGAAUCUGAAGCGUUGGCGACUCAGCGAGUUCAUCACGUAUGAAAAUUCCGAACUAGUCAAUGAUCAGGGAUUCAAGGACAUGAAUGAAUUUGGCAAACGUAUCGGUAAUAAUUUUCCAGCAUUAUUUCCACCCUCGGUAACCGAAAUUAGUGAAAGAAUUUACAAGUUCCGUAGGGCAAGUGGAACACGAAUGAUUACCAGCCUGAAGGCAUUUAUGGGUGGACUUUUAGGCAGAGACGAUAUCCCGGAAGAACAACUUGAAGCCAACAGCAGGUUGUGGACGGGUUAUUCUCAGUGUCCGAGAUGGGAAACGGAAGUGGCAAACAACCCGGAACAUCUCACCGAGAUAACAAAGUUUUCGAAUGGUUCAGAGUAUCGGAACAUGAUAUCAAGCGUCAGCGCACGACUUGGAUUUCCUCACGAUAUCAACAAAAGAAUUAUUUACCACAUGUGGACCAUGUGCAGUUACGACAUGGCGUUGAACGUCACCAAGUUGUCACCUUGGUGCGCCGUUUUUACCGACGAGGAAAUGAGGGUCUUCGAAUACAGGGACACCUUGGUCGACUACUACAAGCGAGGAAACGCUCACGAAUACAACGUCCGAUUGGGCUGCCCGCCUCUGCGAGACAUGGUCGAUAGUUUCCGAAAAAUCGAAGGCAACGACGAUAGCUACUCGAUGGAGCCGAGAGGUGUUUUCAACGUCGGGAGAUCGAGAAGCUACCAUUUGUUCAUGGCUGCUUUAGGCAUCGCCAAUGAUUCCUCGCCUCUACUAGCGAGCGAUUUCAAGCUUAGGAAAAAAUACCUCUGGAACACGACCGAAAUUGGAUCGUUCGGCGCCAAUAUCGCGGCCGUAUUUUACAAAUGCAACGACUCGGCAUCGCCUAACAAAGUCAAGUUCUACCAGACUGAAAAGCCCGUCGACUACCCGGGAUGCGUGGACGGUUUGUGCGACUGGGAGUACUUGAAGAGUAAAUUUCGAAAGCAGCUGUUGGAGUGCGACAACGUAGACUUCUGUUACAAAACUUUGACCGAACCAUCACCGGUUAAUUCGCUACCAGUGGCAAAGUUUGUGCUUAUAUCUUCUGUACUGAUUCUCAUAAUUUUCCGAAAACGGCAUAUGAAAGAAAAAAAAGGGAUGGAACAAAAAAACCACUUCCUUAGUGAUAUAACUCCCAUCAUCAUCAUCAUCAUGGUUAUCUACCUCCCCACUGCUACUAUACUAGUUGUAACACUACUUGGUGAGGACACGAUAAUUGAGUACAUACGGAGGGCAAAAAUGUUGAUUGGAUUGAAGGAACUGAUCCUGAUUUCUCUGACCUUCGGUCAGGCGAUUUCACGAAGUACGGAUUACUGCUACGCUGAAAAUGAUCAGCCCUAUUUGAAAUUCGGGACAAAAACUGCCUACACCUUUAUUCACGGUGCUAAAAGACCCGCCCAGAAUAUACCGGGCUGUAAACCGCUGCAAAUAUGGAUGCUGACAAGGCCAGGGACCUUGUAUCCUGAUGCAGAGACGAUAUCGAAAUUGAAAGCUCUGCCUAAACUACGGGAUCAAAUAACAUACAAUCACGAUACUUUGGGGUAUGGCCACUUGUGCGAUCUUGAUUUAGAGAACCUGAGAAUUUGGCGCAUAGACUCGGCAAUGACGAUGGAAAAGGCUGAGAAUCUUGUUCCGCAGGGAACGGAGGACUUAGUGUUGUUGGCUAGGAGACUGAAAACGCAUUUGCCUGAACUAUUUCCACCAACUGUGAGUGACGUCAGCGAGAGAAAUUACAAGUUCCGUUCAACGGCUGGAGAAAAGACGUCCAGUAGCCUGAAGGCAUUUAUGUCGGGGCUCUUUGACCAAUGGCAAAUGCCCCCGACGGAGGCGCCGAUGAACAAUACUCAGUUCGCGUCUCACCUGACUUGUCCAGAGUGGAGAGACGAGGUUUCCAACAACCCCGAAGCCAUGAUCGAGGUGACCAGAUUCAAGUCCAGCCCUGAGUACCAGAAUCUCCUCACAAACGUCAGCCGUCGGCUUGGUUUCCGGAACAACAUUACCGAAGCUUCUCUGAAUGCGAUGUACGACAUGUGCCGCUACGAGAAGGCUUGGACACUGGACGCGAUCUCGGCAUGGUGCGCAGUCUUCAGUUUGGAGGAGCUCAAGAUCCUCGAAUAUAGGGACGACUUGACCGAGUACUACAAGUACGGGUAUGGCAACAAGGUGAAUCUCCGCAUGGGUUGUUCGCUGCUGCAGGAUAUGUUCGGGCAAUUCAAGAAACUAGAGAGCGGCGACAACGCGAGCGAACCCAAAGGGGUGUUCAGCGUGGUGGAAUUGGGAACUUUGGAGCUGUUUAUUGCAGCGAUGAGAUUCGCAGAGGAUUCCACGCCUCUGCUGGCGAGCAAUUAUCAGUCAAUGAGUAAACGUCUGUGGAGAACGUCGGAGAUCGGAUCGUUCGCUGCGAAUAUACAGGCGGUAUUUUACAGAUGCGAUGUUCCCGAGGAUCCAAACAAAGUGAUAUUCUACAUGGGAGAAAAGCCGGUACCUUACACGGGGUGCAAGGUCGGCCUCUGUGACUGGGACGACUUGAAAAGCAGAUUUGCCAAAACUUUGUCCGAUUGCGAGUCCAACUUCUGCAAUGCAAACAGCGCCUUUUCGUCGCUAGUUGUGCCUACAGUGUUGCUCUGGCUCGGGUUGCCGGCGCUAGCUUUGUCCAGCCAUUGAUGGCUUCAGGAUGAUCAUUUUUUUAUUUAAUCAUCAGUAUACUUUAUUUUAUUUAUUAGGUUAAAUUUCUAUCGCUUUUACAAACUGAUCAUGAAUAGAUCUUGUAGGCUUGUUAUUGUAGUACGUAAGUGACCAACUAAUGUUCCGUCCCAAUAUCCGUCCACUUUUCAACGACAAAUAUGUUUUUCCAUUAUUUUACAACUGACGUCAUUUGACAGAUGUAGAACAAGUUUAGCAAGUUUAAAAUCGGCAAGGUUUUUUAUUUGUAUUCGCUUUUCAGAGUAUUUCAUAACUGUUGUAUAACACGAUUAUCAGUACUGUAAAUAAACAAUGACGAAGUAGAAAUUCGAA